GGUUUAGGAUUAAAUUUUAACUGGGAAUACACUGCUACCUGUAGGGGGCAGUCGUAACAUACCUAAACAUUCAAAAUAGGAGAACCUACCUGAAAUAGAACACUAAUGAUCUGUGGAUAAACUGCCAUCCACAAAAGAUAAUCCUUUUGCUUAGAUUAGUGUCACUUUCCAGGAAGGUCCCAAGGUGACUGACAGACAAUUCACCAGUCAGCUAAACGAAGAGAAAUAGACUGGACCUUGAGCUGGGGUUGUUAAACUCAAGCUAUAGGACUCAUUUGGAACCAUUGCUGUAAAAACAUGCCCAGGCUUUCCCAAGACAAUCAAGAGUGCCUCCAGAAACAUUUCUCCAGCCCAUCCAUGUGGAAGCAAUGUCUGCCUCUGCCUAGGGCUGAGGGAAAUAAUGCAAACAUUCACCAAACCACGAGAAAAGAAGAGAGCAGUAAAGCUGUGUGUGAUAUCAAGCCUGUUCAAACUGCACAUGACAAGAAGACUAAAGGAAACAGCAGGAGGGCAAGAGUCUGGCAGCUCAGGAACCUAAACCCAAGAGUCAUGGAAGAUACUGGAAAGACAGCUCAGCACCAACAGAUGUUCAUCGUUGUGUCUCCAUGUUCUCAUUUCCAAUUCCCAGAAGAGAGAACUAGCCCAACCCCAGAUUUGCCUUCUGCUCGGAAGCUGCUCACCCUCCUUUCUAGCACCCUCUACAGCCUCGUGCAGUUCUUCUCUCACCUUCUCCGGAGACCCCAUCCUGAAACUCCCCGGCGGCGCUCGGACUUCUCCCUCCUGCUUUCCGCCCGGCGGGGGACUGGGUUCUUGCGCGGGGGCGAGGAGUGGCCAGGCCGCCUCUCGCUCCUGCUCCGGGCAGCUCUGACACUGCCUGGCCGAGGCCCAGGGGAACGCCUGCCUCAGGAAGAGGAUGCCAACGUUGGGCAGAGCUCGUUCAUACCCCUGAUGGGGUCAGAACGGAUUGAGAUGCGGAAGCGGCAGAUGUCUGCAGCCCUGGAGACAUCAGAUUCCCUCCCAGGCCAACAUGGAAUGGGGAACCGAGGAUCCAAUGCUUGUUGCUUCUGCUGGUGCUGCUGUUGUAGCUGCUCUUGUCUCACUGUGAGAAACCAAGAACAGACACCCAGGACAGCUUCCCAUGAACUCAGAAGAGAUGACACUCCAAACCAUGAAGAAAGCACCACUCCUACUCCGGAAGAGGUGAGCUCCUGGGCGCAGUCCUUCGACAAGCUAAUGCUCACUCCCGCGGGAAGAAAUGCUUUCCGUGAGUUCCUCCGAACGGAAUUCAGUGAAGAAAACAUGCUUUUCUGGAUGGCAUGUGAGGAACUGAAAAAAGAAGCUAAUAAAAGCAUUAUUGAGGAAAAGGCAAGGAUCAUAUAUGAAGACUACAUUUCUAUUCUUUCUCCUAAAGAGGUCAGCUUAGACUCCAGAGUAAGAGAAGUCAUCAAUAAGAACAUGGUGCAGCCAUCCCAACACAUAUUCGAUGAUGCACAACUCCAGAUUUACACCUUAAUGCACAGAGACUCGUAUCCCCGAUUCAUGAAUUCUGCUGUCUAUAAAGAUUUGCUCCAGUCCUUAUCUGAGAAAUCAGCUGAAGCAUAGGAUGUUAUAAAAUAUAUUUAUUAUUAAUAAAAUAAUAAAAACUCAUGGAUGAAGUCUAGUACAGGGAGUUCAGAGGUGUCUUCUGCUGGUGUUAAUACUCAGGCUAUUUUAAUAGCAGAUGCUUCCUUCCACAGAAGGUGAUAUAUUUUCAAUAUAAAUUGCAGCCACCUUUAGUGAUACUUUUGAAAAAAUGGAUAUGGCUGUAUUAGAAAGAUAGUAUAUUUACAUUUACAGUAACAGUAACAUAUCCUGAGUGGCAAAGGAUACACUAGAAGACUCCAUACUGCCUGGAGCAUGUACAUCCACUGGAGCACACUGGGCUGGUUUUGUUUUCCAUGAGUUCAGUACCUGAUUACUAGCUUCCCAAAGAAAAGAUGUUCAAGUGUUUCUCUUGAAAGAGUUCAAGAUACUCUCUUUCCAGCAAGAUCAGUUUUGGAUAUGUCCAAAGCUAUCGGACAUAUCCAAAUGGCUUUGGACGUAUCCACUUACCAGAGCCACUCCAAACCCAAAUUCCCACUUCUUAAAGAUGUGACCACUUCUUAUAAAAAAUGAUUAUCCGCUUCUUAUAACCUUGGAAUACAUGUAUGUAGAUACACAUGUGUGUGUGUGUGCCUCUAUCUAUGGUUAAUGUAAAGUGCUGUGCCCUGAAGUGCAUCAGUCUCAAAUGUUUGGUAAGAGAAGUAGUGCUUAGAAAAUACUUUUUUUUGAAAAUUUACCAUUAUCUUAUCAGAAUCUGCCAACCUAAGGAACAAAUUGUUAAGUUCACCACUUGGUCAUAUUCAUAAAAAACUCUCAAACAA